AUGGGUCUGUCCUGCCUUAUCUUGUUUAGCAUCCGACAGAAGGGUGUCAUUAGCUCGCUCAACACACUCGCGACUAGCGUCUCCGAGUUUGGGGAGUCCGCUGUUAUCAUGAGCGAGGGAAAAGACGCUCCUCUGAUCGUCAAAAAUUUCCAUGUGCAAACCUAUGACUAUCCUGAUGAUGAGGAUGAUUAG